AUGGCUGCUAUUGGUGGUGUAUUAUCGGGUGUGAAUCCUUUCGUAUACAAUUCAAGCUCGCCAUUAACGCUGUUUCUAUUUCAAGCAUGUCUAAUCCUGGCAACUUGCAACCUUAUUAAUAUUCCAUUUUCUAGGAUUCGUCAACCUAAGGUGAUAUCCGAAGUUAUCGCUGGUGUUAUUCUUGGACCAACCGUUUUUGGUCAAAUUCCAAACUACACCAAGACAGUUUUCCCAGCAUCGUCGAUUCCAGGCCUAACGCUAGUGGCAAAUUUAGGAAUUAUCCUUUUCAUGUUUUUUCUUGGAUUAGAAGUCGAUACAGAAUUUAUUAAGAAGCAUUUAAAAACAGCGAUAUCGAUUGGUUUGGUGACGUUAGCGGUUCCAUUUGGGUUCGGAUGUCUUCUAGCUAUUCCUUUGUUUCAUGCGUAUGGGAACCCCUCAGAUUCUGUUAGAGAGGUAAAAUUUACUGUAUUCAUGGUUUUCAUUGCCGUUUCUCUAGCUGUUACCGCCUUUCCGGUGCUUUGUCGAAUCUUAAAUGAGUUACGUCUGAUAAAGGAUAGAGCAGGUAUUGUUGUUUUAGGUGCAGGCAUCAUAAACGAUAUAAUGGGUUGGGUUUUAUUGGCAUUAAGUGUGAUAUUAUCAAAUUCAGAAUCAAGUCCAGUGAAUACCGUUUACAUUCUUCUUUGUACGUUUGGUUGGUUUUUGGUGUAUUUUUAUCCAUUAAAGUAUAUUUUAAAAUGGGCACUUAUAAGGACUCAUGAAUUGGAUAGAACAAAACCUUCUACGUUUGCUACAAUGUCUAUCCUUUUUAUAAUGUUCAUUUCCGCAUAUUUCACAGACAUCAUUGGUGUUCAUCCUAUUUUUGGUGCUUUUAUUGCCGGUUUGGUGGUGCCAAGGGAAAACCAUUAUGUUGUCAAGCUAACAGAAAGAAUGGAGGAUAUCCCCAAUAUUGUUUUCAUUCCAAUUUAUUUUGCAGUGGCAGGACUAAACGUUGAUCUGACAUUACUAAACGAAAGAAGAGACUGGGGAUACGUUUUUGCAACUAUUGGUAUAGCAAUCGCAACCAAAGUUGUAUCAGGUACAAUAAUGGCAAAGAUACAUGGACUUUUCUGGAGAGAAUCGGCCGCAGUUGGGGUAUUAAUGUCUUGUAAAGGUAUUGUUGAAAUUGUCGUCCUAACCGUCGGGUUAAAUGCGGGCAUAAUUAGCAAAAAGAUUUUUGGUAUGUUCAUUCUGAUGGCAUUGGUCUCUACCUUUGUCACAACUCCACUGACUCAAUUAGUUUAUCCAACUUCAUACCGAAUGCAAGUUAACGAAUAUAUCAGGACGAAAGAAAAUAAAAAAGAAGAUACAGAGAUACUGGAUAAUCAAGAUGUUGAAAAUGAAGAUAACGGAGAAUUUCCAUUGACUUCCUUCUCAGAUAUUAAUGAUUUCCAUUUCACAGAAGUUAUCAAUGUAAUUAACACUACUGAAUCAAUAUCGCCCUCUUUGGAGGUAAUAAAUCUUUUAAUGAUUGGGAAAAUGAUCGGGAGGCCGGAAACAUCUGAUAGAAAUAAGGAUUUGAGUAGAAUUUCUACUGGAUCUACUCUGAGAUCAGGAACUCAUAAAUUAAAAAAACUAUCAUGGAUAUUGACCAAAAAUGCUGAUGAUAAUGACACUGCUUUAUCUGUAAUAGAAGAGAAGCCAUGUGGAUUCGAAACCGCAACUCCCCUCAAGGCAAUCCAUUUAAGAUUGUUAACAGAAAGAACGACCGAUUUAUUACAAUCAUCAUCUUUGUAUAACGAUGAUCCAUAUUUUACAGCCAAUACAGACCCUAUUUUGCAAAUUUUUGAUAUUUUUUCGAGACUAAGCAAAAUUCAGUUUUCGAGUGAAGUAAUAUUUUCUACCAUGCGAGAAAAGGCCACAAACAUUGCUUCAAUCGCCCUGAAAAAAUCGGAUCUUGUGUUACUACCUCUUAAUGGAGCUUCAUACAAUACUUCAAGCAAUUUUAAUAACGUUGAGGAAAAGUAUAACAAUUUUGAACACAUCUACUCACAUUUGUUGGGAUUAAAUGAACUACCAUCAAAUUUUUUUAAAGUUCUCGCAGCGGAUUUGAAGACGAAUAUCCUUAUGUCAAUCUCUAACUCUGGUGGAAGGCUCAAUGUUGAUCGUUUUAAGAAAAAAUCUCUGAAUUUACUAUUACCCAAUCCUAAUCUGGCUUCAUCUGACUUCUUGGCUCUCUAUUUACUCUUACUGAUGUGCCAUAGAGGAAAACAGGCAACAGAUUCAACAAACUCGACGAUAUUCGUGAACUCUAAGAACUUGCAGUUCGAAGAAAGCUUAUCAAAUAUGUUUGUUAAAAAUGGUUGGUCUCACGAGUCUUUAAUUCGAGUCGUUCCUAUUGAUGUUGAACAGAAACCCGAUAAUCUUGUUCCACAAGUUCCAUUUAUCGAGUCGGUCCUCGAUAAUACAGAAUUAGCACUUGAGGAUGGUGAUCUUGAAGAAGCAUCGUUUAUUAUUCCUGAGAAUUAUCUUGAAGAAGAAAAUCCAUUUUCUUUUGAAACUAAGGAAACGAUUUUAAAGGGUGCAAAUAAAAGAUUUAAUGUUAUGAUUGUCCAUCGUUAUCAUGACGUUACUACUGUUGCUUCCUCUUCUUUGGAACUGUGA